CCGCAGCCUGUCCCACUCUUCCUUUCUUUAGAAACGCCUUUUUCCUUCUUCCAGCUCAUUCCGCUCCGGCACAGCUUUGGAUUUCUCGCCGCUUUUCUUUCCUUUUUUAAUUUUUUUUCUUUUUUUUUUUUUUUUUUUCCCUGUAGUUACUGGCUUGCUGCCAGCACCUCGCAGGGCCAAAGUUUUAUUACCUAAAAUUUUAUUACCUAAAUUUUUAUUAUCUAAAUUUUUAUUAUCUAAAUUUUUAUUAUUUGAAUUUUUAAUACCUAAAAUUUUAAUACCUGAAUUUUUAAUACCUGAAUUUUUAAUACCUGAAUUUUUAAUACCUAGAUUUUAAUACCUGAAUUUUUAUUAUCUAAAUUUUAAUACUUAAAUUUUUAAUACCUGAAUUUUUAAUAUCUAAAUUUUUAAUACCUUAAUUUUUUAUUAUUUAAAUUUUUAAUACCUAAAUUUAAUUAUCUGAAUUUUAUUACCUAAAUUUUUUAAUACCUACAUUUUUAAUACCUGAAUUUUUAAUACCUGAAUUUUUAUUAUCUACAUUUUUAUUACCUAAAUUUUUUUUAUUUAAAUUUUUAUUAUUUAAUUUUUUAACACCUCAAUUUUUAUUAUCUGCGGGAACACACUUUUCAAACCCAGCCCACGGACCAAGCCCCGCUGCUGGCUCUGGGAGCACGAGCAGCAGGAGCUGUCGGGAUGGAUUUAUGGCUUUAAAAGGAGCGCAGGGGCAGGAAGGAAAAUCCCCCGCAGGAGCCGCAGCUCGCAGCGCAGCCCGGCAUGGCUCGGGAGCCGCGCCGUGCCUGAGCUCGGCACUUCCCUGAGCGCCACGGGUGGAUUUGGGGCGUUCCGGCCAGCAGCAGGCUCGGCGAUGUUGGCCAAGGUGAUUUUUUCCCUUUUUCUGUGGCUGCGGGUCGCUGCGGGGCAGGACACACCUGAGCCAGGUCCCCAGCCGUCCGCCUCCAACAGCGAGGGCGACCUCCUCUUCCUGCUGGACAGCUCCGCCAGCGUCUCCCACUACGAGUUCUCCAAGGUCAAGGAAUUCAUGUGGGACCUCCUGCGCCCCCUCACCUUCGGCCCCAGGGACGUGCAGACCAGCAUCAUCCACAUCAGCACCACUCCCACCAUGGAGUUCCCCUUCGACCGGCACGCGAGCGGCGGCGCCCUGCGCAGAGCCAUCGGCGGCACGCGGCAGCGGAUGGGCGACACCAACACGGGCAGAGCCCUGUCCUACGCCAGGGAAAAGCUCUUCAGCGGCCAGGCCGGCGCCCGCCCAGACGUGCCCAAGGUGCUGGUGUGGGUGACGGACGGCUUCUCCACGGAUGACAUCUCGGAGCCCAUGCAGCUGCUGAAGGACAUGGGCGUCACCGUGUUCAUCGUCAGCACCGGCCGCGGGAACUUCCUGGAGCUGUCGGCGGCUGCCAGCCAGCCCUCGGACAAACACCUGCACUUUGUGGAUGUGGACGACCUGCCCAUCAUCACCGAGGAGCUCAGGGAUGCCAUCCUAGAUGUCAUCCGAGCCAACCGGCUCCACGCCACCGACGUCACCUCCAGCAGCUUCCGCCUGGUGUGGCCCCAGCUGCUGUCCCAGGACAGCGGCUUCUACAGCCUGCAGUACGCCCCCCGAGGGGACCCCGCAGGGACCAGGACCCUGCAGGUGUCGGGGGCCCUCAGCAGCCUCCUGCUCACCAGCCUGGCGCCAGAAACCACCUACGAGGUGGCUCUGACCCCCGAGUCCAACGUGCACUACUUCCCCGCCCAGAGAACCAGGGUCACCACUCUGCCAGAGGAAACCAGCCCAGUUCAGGUUCUCAUCUCAGACUCUGGACCCCACAGCUUCCACGUCAGCUGGGCUCCCGUGCUGGACAGCGUGGCCACCUACCAGGUGCUGUACGGGCCGCUGCCAGGGAACUCAGCCGAGCUGCUGCAGGUGGAUGGGGGGCACAACGGCACCCUGGUGGAGCACCUGGCACCCAACACCACCUACCUGGUGACAGUCACUGCCGUCUACAGAUCGGGGAGGGAGAAAUCCCUGUCGGCCAAGGCCUGCACCCAGGAAGAGGGCUCCGGGGUGAGGCACCUGCGCCUGGAGAAGGCGGGGCCCGGCAGCCUGAGGGCGUCCUGGGCCGCUGCGGACGGGGCCGUGCUCGGCUACCGGGUGCGCUGCCGGCGGCGGAGCGGCGCCGCCUCCGAGCUCCGCGUGCCCCCGCAGGUGCACAGCGUGCUGCUGGGCGGCGUGCCCGCGGGCAGCAGGGCCAGGGUGUGCGUGCAGCCCGUGUACCGCAGCCAGCCUGGCAGGAGGCUCUGCCGCAGCGUGCCCAGGCAGCCAGCCACAGAGGCCCAAGGAUACAGGCACAGAGAGCGUGACAGGCUGCAGUGAGCUGACCCCCAGCACAGCAAAGGCCUUGAACGGACAAAAAUGUGGACAAAAAAAGGAGAAACCAGGGCGGGAAGAAGCUCACCUCCCAGGCUGUGCUGUCCCUGGAGGCGUCCUGCUUGUCCAGCAGGGUUUGAAGGCUUGGCCU